ACGAGUUCAACUUGUUAUAUUUGUCCAAACAAACGACUUCCCCCCACAGCACCAUGGAAGCGUUGCGAUUCACCCCUAACUACCCACCCCUUCUCCGCCGCCACCCUUUUCGCAAAAUGGUGCGUAGCCCUCUUCAGCUCCAUCCCAACCCUAAGCCCUUCAUCGCCGCCACGCUUUCAAAGCCGCCGGAGGUAGCGCACACUUCCGCCGCCGUCGUGGAAGAUCCCUUGCCAGUGUCUCCUCCUCGCCCCAGGGUUUCGCCGGAUUCCCUUCAGUACCCACCCGGAUACGUCGGAGCCGUUCCCGACCGGACCCGUUCCGACACCGGCGAGGGCGUCAUCAAUGCGAUGGGUUAUUUGACUAAUAUACUGUCUUCCAAGGUGUAUGACGUGGCCAUUGAGUCUCCUCUUCAAUUGGCGCCAAAGCUAUCUAAAAGACUCCGCGUUAAUCUUUGGCUCAAGAGGGAGGAUUUGCAGCCUGUUUUCUCAUUUAAGCUUCGUGGAGCUUAUAAUAUGAUGGCAAAACUUUCAAGCGAACAGUUAGAAAAGGGGGUUAUAUGCUCGUCUGCAGGAAAUCAUGCUCAAGGAGUUGCAUUAGCUGCCAAGAGAUUGAACUGUAGUGCUGUGAUUGCCAUGCCUGUUACCACUCCGGAAAUCAAGUGGAAAUCCGUGGAGGCGCUGGGUGCUACUGUUGUCCUUGUUGGGGAUUCCUACGAUGAAGCACAAGCAUAUGCUAAGAAGCGUGCAAAAGAGGAGGGACGUACAUUCAUACCUCCUUUCGAUCAUCCUGAUGUCAUCAUGGGUCAGGGAACAGUUGGGAUGGAAAUUGUGCGCCAAAUGCAGGGUCCAAUGCAUGCAAUCUUUGUGCCUGUGGGAGGUGGCGGUCUCAUUGCUGGCAUUGCUGCUUAUGUGAAGAGGGUUUCUCCACAGGUGAAGAUUAUUGGGGUGGAGCCCACUGAUGCAAAUGCAAUGGCAUUGUCGCUCCAUCAUGGUCAAAGAGUGAUUUUGGACCAGGUAGGAAGAUUUGCAGAUGGUGUAGCUGUUAAAGAGGUUGGUGAAGAAACUUUUCGCUUAUGCAAGGAGUUGAUAGAUGGUGUUGUUCUUGUAGGCCGUGAUUCAAUUUGUGCAUCAAUAAAGGAUAUGUUUGAGGAGAAAAGGAACAUAUUAGAACCAGCAGGUGCUCUUGCACUUGCUGGAGCUGAGGCUUACUGCAAGUAUUACGGGCUCCAAGGGGGAAAUAUUGUAGUAAUAACCAGUGGGGCAAACAUGAAUUUUGAUAAGCUUAGGGUUGUAACUGAGCUUGCUAAUGUCGGUCGUAAACAAGAGGCUGUGCUGGCAACUGUUUUGCCAGAGGAGCCUGGCAGUUUCAAACAGUUCUGUCAAUUGGUGGGGCAGAUAAAUAUCACAGAAUUCAAAUACAGAUAUAACUCCAAUGAGAAGGCUGUUGUCCUUUACAGUGUUGGGGUUCACACAGUCUCAGAAUUAAGAACCAUGCAAGAGAGGAUCGAAUCUUCUCAGCUUAAAACUUACAAUCUCACGGAAAGUGACUUGGUGAAAGACCACUUGCGUUACCUGAUGGGAGGCCGAUCAAAUAUUCAGAACGAGGUUCUUUGUCGUUUUACCUUUCCAGAAAGACCUGGUGCUUUGAUGAAAUUCUUGGACUCCUUCAGUCCACGUUGGAAUAUUAGUUUAUUCCAUUAUCGAGGGGAGGGUGAAACUGGAGCAAACGUACUAGUAGGAAUACAGGUACCCAGAAAUGAGAUGGAUGAAUUCCAUGAUCGUGCCGACAGACUUGGAUAUGAUUAUAAAGUGGUGAAUAAUGAUGAUGAUUUCCAGCUUUUAAUGCACUGAUGAAUUUAGGUACUUGUCCUUCUUGUGUAUUUUAGUGGACAAGAUUAUCAUAUUUAUUUCCACUGUCAACUUCUAAAAGGAGGAAUGAGGUAAAGCUGGGAAGGAAAUGGCCUCCACACGUCUUUAGUUGAUCAGAGGAACUAGUGCUUUUCACCCAGUGUAGCACGUUGUUACUUUUUUGUAAUCUAGAAGUUAUCCCUCCGAUGUAGCAAUGUUGUUGACUGCUCUUUGGAAUAUGUAAUAUAAGCACCCUCCAAAGGUUGUCGCCUAAAUUUCAGCAGCCUAAGGGGUUGUGGUGCUACGCUUAAAAGGGUUGAAAAAACUUGAAUGGAAGUCUUAGGGCAUGUUUGGUUUAGAAAUAUUUUAUUUUUAUUUUGUUUUUUAAAAGGUUUGUACAGAAAACAGUAAAAAUUAAAAAAUUUCUAAUAUUUUUUG